UUUAGCGUCUGUUCAAUUUCUGGUUCAUGUUCUAAACACUGAGAAUACAAGGAACGACGAACACAUGGACAUAGCUAUCUUCUCUCCAUCCUCGCUCUUCUCCGAAGAAGAUGACACUCCUACUCGCGAGGAAAAUGCAGAGACCCUGGAAAACUAUGUUGAGAGGAAGCACCAGUUUCCUGGAAUGGAUUUGAUUAUCCGAGAAUUUUCCUUUCAUCAACUGAAUGCCAAUUUACUCUGGCCAGGGACAUUUGCAUUUGCAGAAUGGUUAGUUCAGCACAGUAAAUGCAUUGAAGGACGGCAUGCCAUUGAGUUGGGGAGUGGCACAGGUGCUUUGGCCAUAUUUCUCCGAAAAUCUUAUAAUCUUGAUAUUACAACUUCGGAUUAUGAUGAUCAAGAAAUAGAGGAGAACAUUGCUCACAACUGCAGGGCAAAUACAAUACCUGUCAUUCCUCACAUAAAGCACACCUGGGGAGACAAGUUUCCAAAUUCUGACCCUGACUGGGACCUGAUCAUUGCGAGUGAUAUCUUAUUGUAUGUGAAACAGUAUGCAAAUUUGAUACAGACCAUUUCCUUUCUUCUCAAAUGUUACAAGCCCAGAGAUAGGAAAGCAGUUUCUCCAACUUUGAAUGAUGGAGAUGUAGUGUUGCCGUGGCCUGCCUUUUUAAUGAGCUGGAGACGUCGAAUCGGGAAGGAAGAUGAAUUGCUUUUCUUCAAUGGUUGUGAGAAAGCUGGUCUAGAAGUGAAGCACAUUGGAUCCCGUGUAUAUUGCAUCAAUCCCAUAGGAAAUGAGAAAUCAAACACAGAAACUUGAUUCAAGAAACUAGUAUUCAAGCAUGCCUAGGAGGAGAAUGAAAUGGAAAUUGUAAGGUUGGUCCAUUAACAAAGUUUCCUCAGGUCAUAGUUAGCUUCUGUAGUUUAAUUUGCAGCUCCUAUUUAAUAACAGUUAUAUCCACCUUAAAACUUUCCUUUAAUUUGAGCUGAGAGUAAAUAUUUGUUGAGAUAUAUAAAAAUCAUUAAUGUAGCUUCACCCAACAGCUUAAGCUUU